UUUCCAAACUUGCCAAGUGGCCUGUCCUCUGCCGCCCGAUUCUGAGGGAUCCAGUAACUCGGUCUGCGUCGCAAGUUUCGCCGAAGCACGCCAGUUUUUGUCAUGUUGGAAGGGAGAGAGGCAGCUCUACCAAAUCAGGAUCGUAGCAAUCCGCCUUCCUGCGUAGUAGUAGCGGCGCCGCCGCCGGCCAAUGGCUCUUAGAUUCGCCGCUUGGAAGUCUAGCAGCUUUUGGAUAGAUGAGCAUGAGCCGUCGCAAUGGCGCGGGGGUGUAGGGAAUCCGCAAUUGGGCUUUUGGGCCGGGAUGGAUAGAGUUUGAGGAAGAUUAAGCUAGGCCAUGGAAGAUGGAGGAGGAGGAGGGGGAGGAUUAAAAGUCGCUGUGGGGAUCAAGAGCAGCAAGCGCAGCAUUGGAGCUCUGAGAUGGGCUUUCGACAACGCCGUGAGUGCCGGAGAUGAGAUAUAUCUUGUGCACGUCCAGCAUCCAAUCCGAUAUGUUCCAACUCCAGUGGGCAAUCUCGCUGUUGCGCAGCUAUCGCCGGAGAAAGUAGCUCAAUACGCCAAGACAGUGCAGGACAAGAUUAAUGCAUUUGUGGAGGUUUUCAAGAGCUUGUGCGACGCUCAUCAGAUCAAACCAAACUACGUCCAAGUCGAGAAUGAUUCCGUCCAAAAGGGCCUUUUGAAGUUCAUCCAUACACUGGAAAUCCAAAAGCUUGUUCUAGGAAGCGCUGGACGCACUGGCCUCACACGGAAGCUCUCUGGCCCAGGAACCGGAGAAUACGUCGCCGCUCGAGCGCCAAGCUUUUGCUCCGUCUGCGUGAUCGCCAAGGACAAGCUCGUCCCGAUCAAAGCUCUGGACGAUUCCCGGUCGAUCUCGUCCGCCUCUUCGCGAACCUCCGACUCGGAGCGAUCGUCGAGCUCGUCCUCCCAAGGUAGCCUUUUGCCUUCGUUCUUGCGGAAGCGUAGAGCGAGAAACGUGUCUUUGGAUCUAGCAGACUUGGACUCUCAUCCGCCUGCCCGUUUGCAUGGUUUGCCAGAAGGCCUUGGACAGAUGUGGAACGUCGGCUUCCUCUCGCGCUUUCUCUCCUCCGGAUCCCCCGCCACCCAGCAGCAAGCUGUUCUAGCGUCCAGCCCUCCUCCGGAGAAUGCUCCGCUCGACGAGAUAAGUGGCGCCCGGGUCUUUUCUUCCCCGUUUCGUGAUCGAACAGGCGCGUCCUCGGAAGAGAUUGAGAUUGUGGAGCUCGGUGACGGUGCUGCUAGUGGAACGAUGGCGCUGAUCAGCCACAAGUUGGGAGGAAGCAGCAAGUCUGGGAGUAGGAGUUCUUCCAGUUCGGUUGUGAAUGGGGGAGCUUUGACAAAGCUUGGCAGGUCCGAGAGCUCGUGCAGUUCUGGUAUCGAAUCAUCUGGAACGGAAGAUUACAGGUCAUUACAUGAAAAAGCUACAGUUACCUCGAAGGCCGAUGUCGAAGAAAAAGAAACGAUGUCCAGGGGCAUGGCGAAGCUCGACGUUGAUAGCUCCAGCACUGCCGACCGAGAGGAUGACUCCUGUGAAGGACCUUCCAGGCCACCUCCGCAAACACGGAGGAAAUCCCUCCAAGAACUGUCGCUGCUGUCUCAAAGGACGUUCAAGGAGUACGAGUACGCCGAACUCGAGGCAGCCACCAAGAACUUUUCUUUGGAUCUCAAACUGGGAGAAGGCGGCUACGGCCUCGUCUUCAAAGGAAAGCUCCACGGCAGAGACGUAGCCAUCAAAGUGUUGAAGAAGGAAGGCUUCCAAAGGACGCAGGAAUUCCAGCACGAGGUGGAGCUGCUGGGGAGGAUUCAACAUCCACACAUGGUGGUUCUGCUCGGUUGCUGCUCCCACAGAGGCUGUCUCGUCUACGAGUUCAUGGCAAACGGGAGUCUGGAUGACAGGCUCUUCUGUAAGAACGGAACUCCCCCACUGCCGUGGUAUGCGAGGUUUCGAAUAGCAGCCGAGGUAGCAUCAGCGUUGUACUUCCUUCACAACCUCGGACCAGAGCCAGUAGUUCACAGGGACCUGAAGCCAGCAAACAUUCUUCUCGACCAUAACAACGUGAGCAAAGUUGGCGACGUCGGUCUCGCAAAGCUGGUUCCAGAAAGACUGGCCGCAAUCAACAGUACGUACUUCAGGGACACCACACCUGUCGGAACCUUCGCUUAUAUCGACCCGGAGUACCAGAGAACCGGGCUGUUCGGUCCAAAGUCGGAUGUCUACGCGCUUGGAAUUGUUAUCCUCCAGCUGCUAACGGGAAGAGGACCUGUUGGAGUUCAUGCCAUCGUUGAAGAAGCUAUAGAGUGUGGGAACUUUAGCAGUGUCCUGGACUCGAGUGCUGGUGAUUGGCCGGUUGGAAAAGCCGAAGAAGUUGCCUGCUUGGCUCUGCAGUGUGCUGAGAUGAGGAGGCGGCAAAGACCGAUGCUCGAGACUGUUCUUCCGAUGCUGGAUGGUGCCAGGAACUAUGCCGAGAAUUGUGCUGCGAUACAUGCCACCAACAGAGCUCUCGCCGGGGAUCCGAAAGCUGUGCCACCGUCCAUCUUCCUGUGUCCCAUUUUUCGGGUAAAGCUUGCUUUCUUUCCCGGAUCGUCUGCUGAUAUUUCCGUUUUGUAUUCUUGGCAGGAAGUAAUGCAGGAGCCUGUGGUGGCUGCUGAUGGAUACACAUACGAGUACGAAGCGAUUAGGCAGUGGUUUCAAGCUCACGAUACAUCACCUUUGACAAAUCUGAGGCUGGAGCACAAGCAACUCACGCCCCACCAUGCUUUGAAUAAGCUGAUUACUGAGUGGAAGACGAGGGCCAAGGUCUAGAGCCGUGACGUUCUUUCCUAAGGACGAUCCCGUUUUGUGAAGGUAUGUACAAAUUCAUGCGUAGUCUCCUAGUCGAGCACCGGCUACCAUCCAGCAGUCUUUAUAAGGACCAUUGACGACCUGCGAUGGUUAUAUUCAUUUGUUAAGAAAUGAGACAUCAAUCCAAAGAGCAUUACUCGUUGCAGAGAAAA